AUGCUAUCCCUUACUUUCCUGUUUAUCUCCCUCGUCCUGAGCUUUGCCGCCGCGCAGAGCAACACCACUUUCGAUCCCACCUCUGUCGAUUUGACUGAGAAGAAUCAAUGGUGUCAAGGCGAAACGGCCAACUGCCCAACGUUAUGUGGUGGACAAACACAGACCAAAGCUAACUCUUGCACUGGCUCAUCCCUCGAAUUCACUUGCACCUGCGCCAACGGCACCGGUCCCUCAAACAUAGCCGCAUACCAAGGCACCCUGCCCAACUUCAUCUGCGAAGCCACUUUCGCCCAAUGCCGUAUCGCCAACCCCGGCUCUGAAGCCUGCAAGACCUGCGGUACCCUCAUGCCUUCCGACGUCCAAGCCAUCGCUUCUAGCACCUCAUCUGCUGCAGCUACUUCUUCGACUGGCACUGCCACGAUGACCAGUGCGAGCACCACGGCUUCAUCGAAGAGCAAAAGCGGUGCUGGGAGGAUCGAGGCGGCGGGAGGCGUGAUUGGUGGUGCCAUUGGGCUUGCUGCGGUUCUGCUGUAA